AGCGACGUAUGGACAGUGGCAGGAGAUGAGUUGGACGUCCUUCUUUCCUUACUACACCAUUCUCGUCAUGAUCUGUUUCCUUCUCAACCUCACCUUCCACGUCUACAACACUGCUGUGCUCAUGAGCGACUCUAGCCUGAACGCGUCGGAGAUGUUGGUAAGCAUGCCUUGGAUCGCUUACCUUAGCUUGCCCAUCCUCACCAGUCUGCUGCUGUUGACGCGAGCUCAUAACGUGGCUGAUCUUCUCUGCCGCUGGAAGUUCCUGGAGGAGCGCUUGAACCAGGUUAUGACGUGUCGGCCCAAACAGCGAUACCCCGUCUUCGUACUGAUUGCCUACGUUUGCGUCGCUGUGUUUUCCCUCGGAAUCCUGAUAUACCAGUUACUGCAAAAUCCACAUGCAUCGUAUUAUUGGGGUAACGUAUGGUGCUCGUGUGUGUGUGUGUGUGUGUGUGUGUGUGUGUGUGUGUGUGUACGGAGAGAGAGAGAGAGAGAGAGAGAGAGAGAGAGAGAGAGAGAGAGAGAGAGAGAGAGAAUUAUUUGGCAGUAAUGUGGGUGCCUCCCUGAAGGCAAUCUGCUGCCGGCGGACUGGGCGUGGGUGGGGUACGCAGGGCAGCACCUGAUGGUGGUACCCACGUGGUCCAGCAUCUUUGUGAGUGAGGCGCUCGUCGUCAUUAUCGCUCACCACUUCUCUUCCUACUACGCUGUCCUCAACCAUUGCCUGCACAACCUAUGCAGUUCCUUCACGCCAAAGACAAGUGGAGGCAGGAUGGCAAGUUCUCUACAAAGGACAAAGUCAGCGAGUCUGACACCCAAUCACCGGCCACCACAAAUGGACUGUGUUUAUCAUUUCAUUGAUAAAGACUUUCAGGAACAGUUUCACCAAGCAUUGGUUCUGCGUGAGAGUGUGGGCGACCUUCUCGACACCUUCAAUGCCGUCUUCUCCCCAAUCGUGCUAGCCAGCUUAUCCAUGCUGACCAUCGUCACCGUCGCUCUCUUCCCGCUAGUCAUGAAGAGUGGAUCCCUCACACACACAGUCGGGUACCUGGUGGUCGCUGUCUCGGGCGUCAUCCGCCUCAUUGUCAUCGUCAUGGGACAGGCGUGUGUCCAUGACCAGGCCUCCACCACCCGCGGCGUGGUGAGGCGAUCAACACAAUUAUGAAUUGAUCAUAUAUUUACUGUGUCGGUUGUAACGCACUCUCUCUCUCUCUCUCUCUCUCUCUCUCUCUCUCUCUCUCUCUCUCUCUCUCUCUCUCUUGCUCUUUCUCGUUUUCUCUCUUUUUUCCUUCUCCUCAUCUUUCUUCGUUUUUCUUCUUAAGAGUAAAAAAAUCGACGGAGGGCCACACAAUUGUAGCGCAGUCAACAUGCAUGACGCGUGCGGGAGUUGUUCAGGUGAAAAUAAAUCUACAAUAGGAAGCAAAAUGUGACUUCCCAAUUCAUGACCUAUUCCCUCCAACGCGGACAUAAAACAAUAAUUCCCACUACAUCACCCCCUCCUCUGGUCUUCAUCUCAGUCCAUAAAUUUUCGUCACGAGUUCACAUUCCAAUGAAAUUUUAAAGCGCCAAGACUGCAAACAAACAAUAGCGUCCAU